AUGCACAGCGGAGGUUCGUCCUUCGGCAGGCUCUCCAAGCUGAGGAGUUCGACACAUCCGACAUUCCGACUUCUCGGAAUCGGAAGCUUAGCUAAGAGUAAACCACUGCUAAGAUUCACCACCGUCUUGGCAAAAUGUCGGAAGGAUACUCACUGCCUCAGUACCCUGUACACUGGGCCCUGCCGUCUCACACGUCGGACGGCAUGGAACCGUGCGAGAACAGUGUCCACAGACGCUGACCUACAUGCCCUUCUCGGAACUGCAGAGCGUAUCAAAUUUCGCAUGAUUGCUCUGGAGGAGACCAAGUGCAGAAGGAGCAACGUACGACAGAUGAAUGACGGUACACUCGUCAUUCGUGGAGAGAAGGUUCCGUCGCGAAAUGUAGGCGGUGUUUGUUCUGUUGUGCACCCAUCUGUCGUCCAUCUUGUUGAUUCUCACGAGAUCCUGUCACCUCGUCUGGCCAUUCUUCGCGUCCGCCCGCUGCGCUAA